AUGGAAUUCGAACUUGAAAGGUUACAGCAGCUUGGAAUAAUCUCACCUGUUGACCCCAACGAAACACCGAUCGAAUGGGCAACACCCACUGUCAACGUGGUUAAACGGAACGGAAAUAUACGUAUUUGUGGUGAUUUUCGUGUUACACUGAAUCCAGCACUAGUAACAAUACGACAUCCAGUACCAACAUUCGAAAACAUCCGUCAGCAGCUUGCCAAGGGUGAGAAGUACACGAAAUUAGAUCUACGCGAUGCCUAUCUACAAUUCGAGAUUAGUCCAGAGUCAAGAAAAUACCUAAUCAUAUCCACACACAAAGGGUAUUUUCAGUAUAACCGUAUGACUCCUGGUAUAUCGAGUGCACCCGGAACAUUUCAAAAUUAUAUGGAAAAUCUACUUGCUGGCAUACCCAACGUUGCAAUCUAUUUCGACGACAUAGGCAUUACAGGUCCAGAUGAAGAUAGCCAUCUAAGAUCAUUAAGAGAAGUUUUUAAACGUCUGCGUGAAGCUGGGUUUCGUAUCGAAAAGAACAAAUGUAGCUUUUUUCAAGACAGUAUCGACUAUUUGGGCCAUCAAUUUAACCGAAAAGGGAUCUAUCCAGUGGAAGACAAGCUGAUAGCAAUAAAAAAUGCUGCAAUACCCACUAACAAGAAGGAGUUACGAUCCUUUCUGGGAUUGGUCAAUUUUUACGAGAAAUUCAUACCCAACUUACAUGGAGCAUGUUCCGAACUACACGCAUUAACUGGUACAAAGUCGCAAUGGCGAUGGUCAAUAAAAGAACAGAAACAAUUUGAUAAUGUUAAACAUAUGAUAGCUAGCGCCCGUCAUCUAACUCUUUACGAUCUCACAAAACCGCUUUAUUUGGCAACAGACGCAUCCGAUGUAGGCCUUGGUGCUGUUCUAUAUCAUCAGGACGAGGCUAACAACGAGUUACCUAUCGCCUACGCGUCACGAAAAUUGAACGAAGCAGAACAAAAAUACACUACCAUUGACAAGGACGCAUUAGCAAUAUUUUUCGCCGUGAAGAAAUUUGAUCCAUAUUUACGUGGGACAAAGUUUACAUUAAUUACGGAUCGCAAGCCGCUUCAACACCUGUUGGGAGACAAACGAAAUUUGCAAAAAAUCGUAAACAACCGUCUGACGAGAUGGGCACUAAUGUUAGGUGCAUACAAUUACGAUAUACAGUAUCGUCAAGGCAAAUACAAUAUUCUAGCUGAUUGCUUAUCACGGUUACCAAACGCACAUGAAGCAAUUUCGGAGGAAGCGCAGAAGAUUCAUAAAAUUUAUGCGGCAAUUCAAAUACGGAAGCUUGAUGAUAUUGUACUAACAGAACAGGAACUUAGGAAGCAGACGAAACAUAACCUAAUAUUACGACGAGUAAUUGAGUUAAUUGAGCGUCACUGGCCAGACACGAAGUGUAUCAACAACGAGCUGAAACCAUACUACGACAAACGGGAGGAACUAUCAUACGAAAACGGUAUUUUGAUGUGGCAAGGACGAAUUAUCGUGCCCGAUAAUCUUCAAGAAGUAACAUUGAGGCAUCUUCAUAGAGGGCAUCCAGGCAUUGGCUCUAUGCGUGCGUCAGCGAGGUACUAUGUAUGGUGGCCGAACAUCGACAAGGACGUGGAACAUACAGUGAAAUUAUGCAUGGCAUGUCAACGUCAACGCCCAAAACAAUCUGAACUGCCAAUCUACUUUUGGUCCCUGCCAGAGCAUUGUUGGCAACGACUGCAUGUGGACUUUGCAGGUCCCUUCGAAGGAAAAAUGUGGAUUGUGCUUGUUGAUAUUUUAUCAAAGUGGGUAGAAGCAGAUGUACUUUAUGCUGCCACCACAAGAACUUUGUGCGAAUUCCUAGAGGAGAAGUUUAUAACAUUUGGUUAUCCGGAAAUUAUCGUGUCGGAUAAUGGUAGUCAAUUUACGUCAGAAGAGUUUCGAAAUUAUUGUCAAAGUCAUGGAAUAAAACAUGUAACGUCUUCACCGUACCAUCCGAAAACCAACAGACUAGCCGAACGAUUCGUACGAACAUUCAAGGAGCGCAUGAAAGCCAGUGAAUAUGAUGGUUUAUCACAACGUCAGCGCUUGCGCACAUUUCUAUUUACAUAUCGAAACACACCACACUCCUUUACAGGGAAGGCACCAUCUGAAUUUUUGCUAGGUCGACGCCUGCGAACUUUAUUUGACAAUCUGAAGCCUAAUGUACGGCGAGAGAUGCAUUUUAAACAUGUAAAACAAAAUCUUCAAGCAGAGCAGUCUAACAGAGAGUUCCAACCAGCACAACCAGUAUUCGUAAAGACAGACAUCGAGAAAAUGUGGGAACCAGCCAACAUAGUCGAAAGAACAAAUCAAUAUUCCUACCGUGUUCGAACAAAGGACGGUGUAGAAAGAAGACGACAUGCAGCUCAUAUCCGAGAACGGAGGGUAAUACCACCAUCAAUCGACUUCCGGGAUGUCUCAGAUUUUAGGCGAAACAGUUUCCAUUACCAAUCUGCAAGCCCGACAGCAAAUGAUGAACAGGAACAUCAGCAGUCUAUGCAGCCCGCUAUACCGUCGCAUGAAAACGGAAACAUGAGUGAACAAGGACAACACACCGAAGCACAACAAAUUGAACAUCCAGUACGGCGAAGCCAACGGCUAAGAAAUCGACCCAAGAGACUAGUCGAAGAGAUGUAA